UUGUAAACUGUCCAUUCGAACACGGUCGAUGCAGGAUUUAAAAUCGGUCACUACGCGUUUAAAUUGUCACAAAAUUUUCUCACUGGUCAUUUCCACGAAUCUGCCUAUUGAUAUAAUUUUUAUAAAAAGAUUAAUGUCAGAAAUUCUAUAUAAAGUGUAAAUUAAUCGUCCAAGCUUGUUUUGUUCCAUAACACUUCGAUGAAACAGGAACAGAAUUAAUUGUGGUAAUAUUUUCAGUUACAUAUGUUGUGCAAACAUUAAAUCUGUAUAUAAGAUAGUAAUGUUAAACAAGAUAACAUACAAAGGUAUGCUCAAGAUACCACAAGAUCUUGUUAACAAAGAUUACAAUUUAACUUAAAUAGAUCGCAAAUUAAAGGAACAUUUUCUCAUUUUUUUUCUCUAUGCAUCGCUUCGAUAAACAUGACAAAAGAUAUCAUCACUUUGUACGAUGAAGGUUAUGUAAAUUUUAUUUGAAAUUACAAUCAGCAAUAAGUUAUUAAAACAACGUAUCUGCCUCUUUUCAUGGUAAUAUUAACACGUAAUAACAUCAAAGUAACAAUAACAAUUUAACCUAAUUAUCGUUCUAUACACUUACAUACAUAUGUACGUUUUUAUUACUGGCAAGUAGAUAAAUGAUAUGACAAUUUAUUGCAAUGCUUUUAUAGUUUCUUCGAACUUAAUAGUCAACAAAAUUAUAAUUGAUUUACAAUAAUUCGGUUACCAAUGAUGAAAAAUGCGUAAUUGUUCAAGUUAAACGUGAAGUGCAAUUCAAGAUUCGGACCACUUAUUUAAUGAGGCAUUUGUGCAUCCAUUUCGUAGAUACGAUAACUUCUUUGGAUCGUUAAUCGUUGCCAUUAACAUAUUCUUCGAAAUACGAAUGUUGCGUUUGACCAGGUAGGGAAUAAAAUAACGUAUUAAAAAAAAAAACAUCGGAUCGUAAUGUAAUUUCUUAAGGGUCAGAGAGACCCGACCACACGAACGUACAAUCUGCAAAACCGACCAGCCAUUCAGUUCGGAGUAAACAGCGGUGACACGCACUCACACAACGUAGAAAUGUGCGAUCAUGUGCAAUGCUUUUCGGACGAGCAAUGACAAAAGUUUCUGCGGUGGGGGGAUCGCCAAUGGGAAGAGGUGUCUGUCGGUCACGUGUUUUGCGACGCAGUGCAACCACGAGCAGAACGAACGAGAGUAUCGUCAACAGAGACAAGCUAGACACCGGAGAGAGAAGGUCGAGUUUCGCUCCCGCCGCGCUAUAACAAAGAAAGAGGGGACUAGUGAAAGAGAGAGAGAGAAAGGGAAAAGAGACGAAAGAGGGAAAGAGAGAGAUAGAAACGAAAAGAAAGAGAAAGAGAUCAAAAGAGAGUAAGAGCGAAGCGGGCGCCGUUACGAUAAAAGAAGUUUUUCGGAGAGCGUAUUCGGGAGAGCGUUCAAUGGUCGAAGCAGCUAUGCGCCACGCCGUCGUAGGGCUGUUAGCUAGCUAGUUCUGACUACGGGAGGUCUCGGGCCGCAGUUACGACCUCGAGAGAACGAGCGGGUUUGUCUCGCGAAGAUGACCAUAAUAGUCUUUUUGAUCGACACGUCGGCCUCCAUGAAUCAGAGGGCAUAUUUGGGCGGGCGACCCACGCUUUUGGACGUAGCCAAGAGCGCCGUAGAGACUUUCGUAAAGGUGAGGCAGAGAUCACCGGAAAGUCGUGGAGAUCGUUACAUGCUACUGACCUUCGAAGAUCCACCUCAGAACAUCAAGGCUGGCUGGAAAGAAAAUUUAGCGACGUUUAUGAAUGAGCUUAAGAAUUUACAAUGCGUCGGAUUGACAACACUGGGUGCUGCUUUAAAACAUGCUUUAGACGUCUUAAAUAUAAACCGUAUGCAGACUGGUAUAGACACAUAUGGUCAAGGAAGAUGUCCCUUUUAUCUGGAACCAUCGGUUAUCGUUGUCAUUACAGACGGAGGAAAGUAUACGACUAACAGUGGAGUGAAUCAGGAUUUUACGUUGCCCAUGCAUUCUCCCAUACCUGGAUCAGAACUGACAAAGGAGCCAUUCAGGUGGGACCAAAGAUUAUUUUCUUUGGUAUUACGCCUUUCUGGAACACCAGCUGUCGAAAGAGAUAUUGGAAUAGUUGCGAACGACUCGUCUCCUAUAGAUGUUAUGUGCGAAGUUACCGGAGGUCGUUCAUAUUGCAUAACAUCGUUUAGAAUGAUGAUGCAAUGCAUAGACUCUUUGGUACAAAAGGUUCAAUCUGGAGUAGUGAUCAAUUUUGAGAAGAUCGGACCAGAUCCUCCACCUUUGACAAAUGAAGCACAACAUGCGGACGACGAUGAAAACGAAGAAGAGAAUGGAACGGCAAACGGAAGUCGAGCGCAGUACCCGCCUAAUCCGAUGGUACCUGGAAAUCCAACGUGGCAUUCUUGUAGAAGACUCAUUUAUGUUCCACGAUCAGCACAGAAAGGUUUUGCAGUGGGAUUUUGGCCGAUUCCUGAAAGCUUUUGGCCUGAUCUGAGUGCUAGUUCUCUGCCACCUAGAUCGGCACAUCCAAACGUAAAGUUUACUUGCACCAGCCAAGAGCCCAUGGUGAUAGAAAAUCUUCCAUUCGAUAAAUACGAGUUAGAACCGAGUCCGUUAACACAAUACAUUUUAGCUAGAAAGCAGCCAACAAUUUGUUGGCAAGUUUUUGUAGCCAAUUCCUAUAAAUCUAGCGACGUGGGUCAUCCAUUUGGAUACUUAAAAGCAAGCACGAACUUAACAUGCGUGAAUCUGUUUGUAAUGCCCUAUAAUUAUCCGGUGCUCUUGCCUUUGUUAGAGGAGCUGUUCAAGGUUCAUAGAUUGAAACCAACAAACGAAUGGAGAACUCAAUUUCAGAAUUAUAUGAGGACUAUGCCGACAUACUAUGCAGCAUCUCUCAGGAGGGCUUUAACUAGGAUGGGUGCACCAGCGCCAUUGGCACAAACAUUAAUUCCUGAUAAUAUGGACAAUUCUUUGUCCUACAGCGUUUUGAAUUACUUAAAACGAUUGAAGAAUCAAGCGAAAAUAGAAUUCGAUAGACUUUGCAACGAAGUUCUCUCCAAACAACUCGCUGCUGCAAAUAUGACGAAGAAUCUAGUAAAUGGUAGUACGACAACGGUAACGGACGGAGUAAGAGUUAUUCCAAGAACUCCACUCAAGAAAGAUUUGGUAUCACACCCGUUGCUGCAGGAUAAGUUUACAGGACUGAGGGAUCAAUUGAAUGAGUUUGGUGGGUUUGUAGUUGGAUUAGUUCGAAAUCAACAGCAUGGCGCACACAGUUAUCGAAACGCAUUCGAUGUACCGCGGAAAUCCCUUUUGGAUCAAGUCGUCAGAAUGCGUGCCAACUUUUUACAACCUGGCUUGUUACACACAAAAUUGCUCGACGACGAUUAUGUUCAUUCGAUGCCUCUAGCACAAAUGGGGAAUUAUCAGGAAUACUUGAAACGUAUGACUCCGCCCUUAAGAGAGAUCGAGAGUGUUCCAGUGAGGCAGCAUAUGUUCGGUAAUCCUUUCAAGAUAGAUAAAAGAAUGAUGGUAGACGAAGCGGAUAUCGAUAUGGUUGGAGCGACGUCUUCAACUUCGAAGGGUGGUCUGAAACGGUCGCUGCCAGCUUCGGAUGGAGGAGGCUCGUUAGCUUCGAAACCGCCGCCAAACAAGCGAAAGCCGGGUCCAAUUCCCAAGGAUGUUAUUGUACGAAGACCGUCGUAUACACCAACUUAUACACCGACUAAUAGUCCUCCGAGUUCGCCGAUUCCUUGGGUAGACGAUACGAAGAAUCAAGUGACUCCAGCCGCCGCCGAUCAGAAUCAAACUCCAUUGACCACAGUGAACUCCAGUACACCAAAUAUAUCGAAUGUAUCAACAGUUAAUUCAUCGGAGAAAUUGGUAAACGGUCUUGCAGAAAUGCCGACGAUACCAGUAUUUGAACCGAUCCCAGUAGAACAUACCAACAACCACAUGGACACUCCACCGAUUCUGAUGCCGGUAGUUAAUAACCUUGAUGCCCCAAAGAAUGACAUAAAACCGGAGAAAACAGACAAUGUUAAAAUUGAGUGUAAUAAACUACCUCUGAACGAUUGUGUUGAUAACAGUGAGAAACUUGAGAAUCCGGUUGACGAUAGGUUAACUAAUCACGUUGAGGAGAAGCGCGAACCAAAGGUGGAGAAGGACAAAGUUUUGACGAAGAAAGAAUUGGAAGACAUUAGAAAACAUAACUUGUCUGUUCGAGAGCUUGUAUAUAAAGAAGUACGGAGAAGAGGUACAAAUUACGCGACACUAUUUUCACACUUACACCAAAUUCAAGGGACUCUAGAUAUACGACUUGCGUUUUUGCGAGAUAUUGUGAAAGAAUCGUUAAGAUUUAAAAGACGUAAUUUGGCAUCGUUGCUAGAAGAAUAUUUAAAAACCGUACAAGAGGAUAGCUGGACCGUAAACCACAAGGUGAAUCACAAUGGUGCCACAAAAAUAAGCUAAGGGUCGAUUGCAUAAUUUGGGCAUUAUUCGAGUAACCAGAAAAAAGCUGAAAAGACUAAACCAGUCGAACGGACGAUACGGGAAUGUGUCCCGAAUAAGACACAAGCUGGCCCAUCAAGCAAUUCGUACAUCUGUAAAGCGAUAAAAGCGUGUUUAGCGUUUAAGGGUGUAUGUUGCCAAGGCGCGCGAAGUGAUAAUAAUUGAUAAAUCUAACGAAAGCAAAUAGCAUUCUGGAUGUCAACCAAGGAGAUAUGACUUUCAUACUCCUUUUUCUCUGAUUUUCGCUUUGUUUCUCGUCAUUGUGACUGUACAGUUGGUAGAAAUAUGUUUUUUCAAUCGAUUAUAUAUUUUGCGACAAUAAAGUUUUGUUAUCGUUCAUUCAGUAAAUACGUAAAUGUAUUCGAUUCUAAAUAAUCUCUAUUGUGCGAAAGAAUUUCUCGGAUUGGUUCCAAAAAUAUUCGAAAUUUGAUAUUUUGAGCUUUCUCAUUUAAUGGUCUAACAUUUUAAUUAGAAGUUUAAUUCAUUAUCAUUAUUACAACUAUUAUUAUUAUCAUCAUCAUCAUCAUCAUUACUAUUAUUAUUAUUAUUAUUAUCAUUAUUAUUAUUAUUAUUAUUAUUAUUAUAUUGUUACUGUAGGCCGUGAAACGCUACAGUUUUUAAAUAAUUGUAAUUAAUUCUAGUAACGAAAACACAGUAUGCCGUUUGUAAAAAAUAAUAUCAGACUGUUUUUCGUUAGGGAUAUGACUCUUAGAAACUCUCUGAAUCUCGGAUGCAGGCAUCCGCGACGCUCUUUGAUUUAAAAUGUAUUUGUUGUGUAAUAAUUAGCAGUUAUAGUCUAACUUCCAAGUUCGUCUACAUUUUAAGAAAAUUUAGAUAAAUAUAGUGCCCUGAGAAAGUACAAUAUUAAGUGAAUAGCACAAUUCUACCAGCUGCACAAUCGAGUAUCUUGAUGUUUAAAAAACAGACAGAAUCACAUCGACAAUGUAUUUUCUUUGUGACCAUGCCUCGUUCUUUCUUCUCCUUUUGUAAAAUUCUUCGCAUAUACACGUUAUUGUGAUCUAGAAUACAGAUCAAGAGAUAAGUUUAUCAACACAUGAUACGCUCUAAACAUUUUAUUAUAUAUGUUGUUACUAGUAUAAAGCCAAAUUAAAGUCUUAAUUUCUAUAAUCAUAUGAGAAGGCGCUUCGGUGCGAGUCCUUACGCGAGUCGAAUACAUAUCUUUUGUUUUAAAGAAGAAUUGUAAAAAUUUACAUUUUGUAAGUAGGAAGAACAUACGCUAUAUUUUAUCAUGUAAUUCGCUAAAUUAAAAUACCCUGGAAAAUAGAACUGU